GAACACUUCAAGUUCGUCAUCUGCAGCGUUCCUCGAUAUGGAAUUCAUGGGAGUCGGGAACGUCAGCGAGCCUCGUUCGCGGUCCUUCGAGGAUCGUCCUCACACGGUGCCGCAAUCGUCUCGUGAGGAGUUCGACCUCAACCGGCAGCAGCACGGAGGGUGGCCGCGUGGCUUCGAUCACAUGGAGAAUGGAAGCCAUCCCGCCAUCGCACAUCGCCAUCAGAUGGAGGCUAUGCUCGGUGAAGCAGAAGGCACCCCAUCGUCGCAGCCACGUUCUUGCCUUACCUGUGACACAGUGUCGAUUUCUCCAUGGCAUCACAUGGGGAAUGCAAGCCAUCCAGCCAGCGCACAUCGUCAUCGGACGGCGGCUAUGCUUGGUGAAACAGAAGGCACCCCAUCGUCGCAGCCACGUUCUUGCCUCACCAGUGACACAGUGCCGAUUUCUCCAUGGCAUCACAUGGAGAAUGCAAGCCAUCCUGCCAGCGCACAUCGUCAUCAGAUGGUGGCUAUGCUCGGUGAAACAGAAGGCACGCCAUCAUCGCAGCCACGUUCUUGCAUGACUGGUGACACAGUGUCCGUUUCUCCAUGGCGAGCAAGCAUCAUCGACGAUUCCGAUCCGUUCGGUCCGCACAUGUCAGGGUCUCCCAGCACGUACUGCACUCCUUCACAAAUGACACACGCUGCGCUGCUCGCGUCGUACGGCCAAGCCAGGCCGGGGAGCACUUUCAAUGGGUCAAGCGGCUACGGUGUCCAUGUCGGGUCGUCCUCGCAGUUCUGGCCAUCAAACUGCCCGGGUGGAAGGAUGCAUCAGCCUGCGCUCGGGAGCGAUCAGCCUUUGCUCGGGAGCGAUGAAGCUCGUCGAUCAGCAUGGAGGCAGACUCCUCCUGCAGUGAGUGGGCCGAUGGCGCCAACUCCGUUUCGAGAUUCAUUGCCGAACAGCGUUGCUGGAUCACCAUCGCCCACGAUAUCUCCUGGGAAUGUGUCCAGCAUGGACGAGAGUGGCAGCGGCAGCAAGAAGUCUCCCGCUCACACACCGCUGAAAGGAAAGGGCCGCGGCGGCAAGCGUACGAAUGACAAGAAUGCUGGUGGAAUUGGCAAUGGAAAGGCGGCAGCGGGGUCAAAAGUAGAUGGGGAUGAUGACGGAACUGACGUGGAUGGAGGUGUGGGCGCGCAAGAAGAGGUGCCUACAGCUGCGCCGGAAGGGGGGGCUGUGGGUGCACAAUCCGGGGCACAACCGCACGUGGUGUGGAAUGUGGAGGAGCAGUUGCUGUUGGUAAGAUGCAAGAUCGACUACGAUUUGGAGGAGUCACAUGGCCGCAGCUCCGUCAAGCGCUUCAAGUCGAAGGAUACUGUGUGGUCGAAGGUAACUGCGUUGAUGGCGGAGAGGGGCGUUGUGAAGGAGCAGUACGCCUGUUCCCAAAAGUGGGACACUCUUAUGUCGCACAUGCGGCGGGUGAGAGACCACCAUCGGAAGUCUGGAGCCGAGGAUUACUUCACGAUGACUACGAAAGUGAGGAAGAUGAAGAAGCUCGACUUCUGCAUGCAACGCCCCGUUUACGAUCUCAUGUCACCUACGAGAAAGAUCCGACUCAAGGCGACCGCUUCGGCCUUCUCAAGCGUCAGGGAGGCACAAAAGGAGAACACGACGAUGAUUGUUGGUGUGAUGGACAUGAUGAACAGCACCAUUGAGGCCAACGGAACCGCGCUCUUUGGAGCUGUGGCCCUCAUCGCCCAAGCGUUCAUGACGACAGCAAGCGCGCCAGAGGCGACAUCCUCCGCACCCUCCCGUGGAAGCACUUGAUCUCGCCGGCGACUGCAACCCUUGGAAGCCUUGUCUUCUUUUAAAAGAAUCGUAUUCAUAUAAUAAAGCCGCUGUGUGGUUCAGCUCGUGCACGACAACAUCAUUCAUUGGUUGCUCAGCAACAGUUAGGGGAAUAAACAUGCAAAGCGGCG